UCCGUAGCACAGCAUAGAAGCUUUUGGGCAAUUUUAACCCAAAUAAGAAACUCAUAGAGAAGAGUACCAUUUCACUUACAGCUAACAAAAAUGGCUGCAAUGGACAAAAAUGUGGCUGAGAAGUUUUUGGACAGUAAUCCAGUAUUUGCCAAGCAGUACUAUGACUCCAGGUUCCGGGCCAAAGUCAUCUCUGACCUGCUAGCAACCACCAAGAAGACAGAAGUGGAUAUCAGCUUUUACCAUGGCCUGAGCUCUGCUGAGGAGUGUGAGAUCAUUUUUGAUAUGGUGCGGGGCAUGCAAGAAAAUUUGCAGAUGGAGAGGGCAAUGUUCAACCUUAUGCGCCAUCUCACUUUCAUGAUGAAAGCAGACCGAAUGAGUCUCUUCAUGUAUCGUCAGAGGAACGGCAUAGCUGAACUGGCAACACGCCUUUUCAAUAUCCAUAAAGAUGCCACACUGGAGGAGUGUUUGGUGCAACCAGACAGCGAGAUUGUGUAUCCACUGGACACCGGCAUUGUGGGGCAUGUGGCUACUGUUAAGAAAACCAUCAAUGUACCUGAUGUCACACAGGAUAGCCACUUCAGUGACUUUGUGGACACCAUCACAGAAUACAAGACCAAGAAUGUGCUUGCAACUCCCAUUAUGAACGGUAAGGACAUGGUGGCCGUCAUGAUGGCAGUCAACAAGAUUGAUGGUCCCCAUUUCACUGCUCAAGAUGAAGAGAUACUGAAGAAAUAUCUCAACUUUGCUAAUCUCGUGUUGCGAGUAUUUCACCUGAGCUACCUGCACAACUGUGAAACCAGACGAGGACAGGUGUUGCUGUGGUCUGCCAGCAAAGUUUUUGAGGAGCUGACUGACAUUGAGAGACAGUUUCACAAAGCCCUCUAUACAGUCCGAGCCUUCCUCAACUGCGACCGCUACUCUGUGGGCCUCCUCGACAUGACCAAAACAAAAGAGUUUUUUGACCUUUGGCCUGUAUUAAUGGGAGAGGUGCCCCCAUAUAGUGGACCAAAGACCCCUGAUGGCAGAGAAGUAAUUUUCUACAAAGUGAUUGAUUACAUAUUGCACGGAAAGGAGGACAUCAAAGUUAUACCUAAUCCUCCUGCUGACCACUGGGCAUUAUUAAGUGGGCUUCCCACCUACGUUGCAGAGAACGGCCUGAUCUGUAACAUCAUGAACGCUGCUGAAGAUGAAUUCUUUAACUUUCAAAAAGCACCUCUGGAUGAAUCUGGAUGGACCAUCAAGAAUGUUCUCUCCUUGCCCAUCGUGAACAAGAAAGAGGAAAUCGUUGGUGUGGCCACAUUCUAUAACAGGAAAGAUGGAAAGCCUUUUGAUGAAAUGGACGAAACACUAAUGGAGUCACUCACUCAGUUCCUGGGUUGGUCAGUGCUAAAUACAGACACCUAUGACAAGAUGAACAAGCUGGAGAAUCGCAAGGACAUCUUUCAGGACAUGGUCAUGUACCACAUCAAGUGUAGGAAGGAUGAAAUUCAGAAUAUCUUGAACACACGUGAGGUGUAUGGAAAAGAACCUGACGAAUGCGACGAGGAUGAGCUGGAGGAUAUUCUGUGUAAGCAGCUGCCUGACAGAAAGGAAUCCGAGAUCUUUGAGUUUCACUUCUGUGAUUUUGAGUUCUCUGAGUUGGAUCUAGUGAAGUGUGGCAUUAAGAUGUACUAUGAGUUGGGUGUGGUGGACAAGUUCCAUAUUCCACGUGAGGCCCUGGUGCGGUUUGUGUACUCAGUCAGUAAAGGUUACAGGAAAAUCACCUACCACAACUGGAGGCAUGGUUUUAACGUGGGCCAGACCAUGUUUACACUGCUCAUGACAGGUAACCUGAAGCGCUACUAUACGGAUCUGGAGGCAAUGGCUAUGGUGACUGCUGGACUCUGUCAUGACAUUGAUCACCGUGGUACUAACAACCUGUACCAGAUGAAGUCUGGGAAUCCACUGGCAAAGCUGCAUGGUUCCUCCAUCCUUGAAAGGCACCAUCUGGAGUUUGGAAAAACUCUGCUCAGAGAUGACGCCUUAAAUAUCUAUCAGAAUCUUAACCGACGACAGCAUGAAAAUGUCAUCCAUUUGAUGGACAUUGCUAUUAUUGCAACAGACCUGGCCUUGUAUUUCAAGAAAAGGACAAUGUUUCAAAAGAUCGUGGAUCAAUCUAAGACCUAUGAGAACUGGGAAGACUGGACAAAAUACAUGAUGUAUGAAACAACUCGGAAAGAAAUUGUAAUGGCUAUGAUGAUGACUGCCUGUGAUUUGUCUGCCAUUGCAAAGCCAUGGGAGAUUCAGAGCAAGGAUGAAAUGAUUGUUGAAUCCACAGCCCCUCCCCCACCCCCCAGAGCUUACCAGCAAAGUAAGCUGGUGUUCUGGUCCACCUCCAACAACAGCUGUUUCCGAGAGACAAACAAGAAAAAGAAAGACAUUGACACUGCAUAG